GCGUUGAGGCCAACCUAUUUGCAAAGCUUUUUGUGAAGCUGCACACGCAAUCAUCGUAUAUCAGGCUGCUGACAUUCACGAAUCAGGUGCAAUCGAUGAUCGACGCUACGAUUUGCUGUGCGAUAUCCUGUAUGCUCAAGGUGUCCUAGCCAAUGAGUCCAACGACGUACACUCUUGCAUGAAACACAAUUCCUUAUUCGUUCAGAUGCGUCAGAGAGCUGCCAAAGUUCGAGGCGCGCCUGAUGUUCGCUUGGCCGCCCUUUCGCACAAUCAAUAUGCUGUAGCAUGCAUGAUGGCGGAUCGCACAGAAGAGGCAAUUGAGUCGUUUUUGACUUUCAUCGAAACUUAUAGGCCCUUAUCGACAUAUGAGAAGGAUAUGGACUCAAAUCCAAUCUUGAAUGUCGGGUUUGCGUAUCGGUUGAAGGGAGACCUCAAGAGUGCAUUGGAUAUCCUCACUGCAGGGUUGAAAGACAGAGAAUCUGUAUUUGGCCCUAUGGACUCCGUAUCGUACCAGUACUUUAUACCUUUAUCUUGAUUGAUAUCUACUGAUCCUACUUCUCACCAUGCGAUAGGCAACGUGAAACUUGGUGAGGGGUUUCCUACACAGUAAAAAAUAUCACAAAAAUGCUUUGCUACAAUAUCAGUCAUCUAUCGGGGAGUAUCACCACAAAACCGCAGAUGU